AUGACCAGUAGUAAGAAAUCAAUAAUAAACAGCAAGAAAUCUAUUAAACGUCCUCUUUCUGACAAUGAUAAACAAACAAGAUGUGAAAAUAGACAAAUGAAACAUAAUAAAAUUGCCUUUGAAAAGCAAAAAAGUAGCAACAAACACGAUCCUAAACCAAAAGGAGUUCAUGAAGAUAAUUGA